GUCCGCCGGUAAAACUACGGUAAAUGACGAGAACAGCAGAGGACAAGGCUGCCCGCCGCAACACCGGGAGAGGAAGCGUGACCCUGGAGUCACGUGGCCGGCCCCGGCACAAAAAUGGGAGGAGUCAAUAAUAAAAAGUACUGCGGAGAACGGUUGUGGCUGGAAGAAAUCUUUGACCGUCUGGGCUGGACAGACAUUCUAAAGGGACAGUGACCAACUGUGCUCAGAGAAGACGUCUCCUGGACUGAUCACUUCCUUUCAUGAUGAUGUCUCAUUGGUUCCAUGUCCCAUCACUCCUCUGAGUGCCUACAGAAUGUAAUACAGUCCUGUCUGGAUGGGCAAUUGUCUCCAACAACCCACCAAACUGGACGGUCAUAUUGUUAACCAGAAUGAACGCUAACGGAGCCCUCGUAGCAUGCAUUUGGAUUUUUACUGGCACGGGGUCUGGGAAAUGUUGAGAAAUCUAGAAAACAGCAGCACAACAGUUCAUAUCGGUGGCAUCUGAAAUCAAUCUUCAUUUGUUCCAUCUUACUUGAGGAAACAAAUCAACAAUACAAAAAUAAAAUAAUAAGUUCAUAGGUGUCCAUAGCCUUUACACAAGAUAUAGUCGAUCACAGCUUUGCCUUCCUGAAGAUCCAUACCCUAAUAUAAUACACUCACCUCUGGCAUGUAGGCAGACAGCUCUGAGGUUGUAAACUCUUUGGAUCCCUGCACAAGAAAAUUACUGCAUCAGUAACAGUCCACCACGGCCAUAGAUGGUACACCAGGAUCUAUUCGAUCGAUCUCCAGGACCAUGGAGAUAGCUAACCCAGUUAAGUGAGAAUGAAGCCGGUGUGGCUGAUCUGGUGGAGCUGCCUCUUGUCCUGUGGACACAGUAGUCCUGGUGUUGUUAUGCGAGUCACUCAGAAAUGGAUGGACUACAUUGUGUCAGAAGGAAAGGACGUUUUUCGCCACAUGCUUCAACACAAUCGUCUUCCAGAUGUCAUUGGGUCUACGCGAGUAUUUGGCAAGGUUGACUAUGCCAUUACAGGAAUAACUGUGGAGGAGUUUGACCCUUCUCAUGCCGUGGUUGUCCCAACACCACCAACAGACGUUCUGUUAAACGUUGAAGGUUCGUUGGCCACGGUCUUUGGCCAGUGGAGGGUAAAACAUUGGUUAAUAACCGACAAUGGCAAUUUUACUCUCCGGAUCUCCGGUGUCACAUUAAACUCUCAUUUUAAAACCUUGAAAGACUCGUCCACCCGUCCAUCCGUUUCUCUUUCUUCGUGCCAUUCGGAGGUGAAACACGCCAAAGUACACCUGUCCGGAGGAGCCAGCUGGUUCUACAAUCUCUUCACGGGAUUUCUGGAGAAACCCAUCAGAGAUAACCUGAAUGAAAAGCUCUGUCCACAAGUGGGUGAAGUGAUGACAAUUCUUCAGAAGAAGCUGGCCACAUUUCUUGUGUCUGCAGAUCUUGAUGCCCAUACCAAAAUUGACUACUCUCUGAUAAAUCCUCCCCGGGUGCAGAAAACCAACAUAGAUCUGGAUCUAAAGGGCACUAUACACCGUUCUGGAGCUCAGGAGCCGCAAGAAGCUUAUGUUCCCCCCAUCAUCCUACCCGACACCCAGCGCUCAAUGAUCUUCAUGGGGUUUUCUGAAUAUUUUUUCAACGCCCUAGGGAAAACGUAUUUCAUGUCAGAUAUUCUAAAACUGACAUUGACUCAGGAGCAGUAUCCCCAGGUAUUCUGGCUGAGAACAGGAGACUACAGCCCCGUCAUACCUGAGAUAAAGAAGUAUUACCCUCAGUCUGAGGCUGUGGUCCUCACCGUAACGGCCUUCAAGCCGCCAGAGAUAGUCCUGACAUCACAGCUCACAAUGCAGAUGGAAGGGAUCCUAGAUGCGCAUGUUGUCCUACCGUACCUAAUGAUGGAGCAAAUGUUUUCAACCACUGUUCACGCAACUUUCAUUGCCGACACGGUGCAUCUGUCCAACCUCAACCUGAAGGUCUCAUUUUCAAUUCAAAGUUUCCGCUUCAAAGACUUCAAAAGUUUUGUUGGCCAUGUUGAUGUUGUGGAGCUGGAGCAUUCACUAGGUCACAUGCUACGGGAUUAUAUAGUGCGUGCAAUCAAUAGUGGAUUGAGUAGCGGUAUCCCAAUACCUUCGAUUGAUGAUGUCACUUAUCAGGAAUCAGCGGUAUCCAUCACUCCGGGCUGCCUGGUGCUGUCAAUGGACAUGUACUACACACCAUGGAAAGAGCUGAUGGGCAGUGCACCUGUACUUGCCUCAUGAUGUAUUCCACACUUACCCAAGACAACAAGACGAUUCUUUCUACGUCUACUUUUUUUCCCACUAUGAGUGUCAUUUAAAUAAUAAAUAACACCUUUUACUCAAUA